GGACGAUCUCUGCUUGGACUUUCGUUAGAAGUUUACGCGCGGAUGUCGUCGGCAAAUGUAUGUCAACGAUUUUCCGGAGCGAUUCUGGACUGUUAGAUGGACGGAUAUCGCGGAUUAGGCAUCUACGGAUCUUAGGAUACCAACCUGACGUUACGUCGGAGUUCAAAUGCAUAACCCGAGAACAAUAUACCAGCAGAUGAACGGUUCGAGACUAUGUUCUUUAUUCCGCACGGACUAAGCUGAUUGCAAUAAAGCUUUGAGGAGCGAAGGAAUGCAUAAUAUCUGGCUCAAAUAAAUUCCUCAUGCCGAGAUCGCGUCGAGAUAAGCUAUGGAGAGAAAAAAUAAAGAAUAAACUUGAAGAGCAGUUUUCCUCAAGAAUUGCGCGCUUAUCAAGUAGCGACUUUCAGGUGACUUCAAACCGACGUUCAGUUCAACCGUUUGCUCGUUUAAAUAAACGGACAUCCAUCAAUAUGUUGAUAUCACGGAAAGUCGUACCCACGGAUAAAUCACGAACGAAACUUUUGCACAACAUGUAACUCUUCGUGGGAACUUCGGUAUUUCCGGCAUACGUCACGCGGAUGUAAGAUGAAUCUCGCCAUAUCGACGAUCGCCGUUUGGCUGGCGUCGAUGACACCUCGUUUAAGCUAUGCGGUCGACGACGCGGACUAUUACUCGUCCGCGGAGAACGAACGUCCCGCCAACGUUACAAACUGCACGAACGACUACUGCAUCUCGGACGAGGAUUAUUUCGAGCUGAUGGUAAAGCACAUAUUUCCGAAGCUGUCCGACUGGGUGCUGAUCGCGAUGCACAGCGUCGUCUUUGUGGUCGGCCUGAUCGGCAACGCGCUUGUCUGCAUGGCUGUCUAUCGGAAUCACUCGAUGAGAACCGUCACCAAUUAUUUCAUCGUGAAUCUGGCAGUGGCCGACCUGCUCGUCUUGCUGAUCUGUCUGCCGCCGUCGGUACUUUGGGACGUUACGGAGACCUGGUUCCUCGGACUGAAACUCUGCAAGGCUGUGCCUUACCUUCAGACAGUAUCGGUGAGUGUGAGCGUUUUGACGCUGACUUUCAUAUCGAUCGACCGGUGGUACGCCAUAUGCUUCCCGCUGCGGUUCAAGUCAACAACCGGCCGUGCAAAAACAGCUAUCAUAAUCAUCUGGUUGAUAGCGUUGCUCUUCGACAUCCCGGAUCUGCUGGUGUUGCACACAGUGCCGUCGAACAGUCGAGUGCAGACUAUCCUAUUCACGCAGUGCAUCUGGUCCUGGAGUCAAGAAAGUCAAACUACCUUCACGAUCGUCAAGUUGAUCCUCCUGUAUACCGGGCCGUUACUCUUCAUGAGCGUGGCGUACUGGCAGAUUGUACGCGUCCUUUGGAGAAGCGACAUUCCCGGCCACAAUCUUUCCACUAGGGUGUGCCAUUCAAACGAGGUUCCAUUGUCCGGGGGUGGAAAUCCGGAGGGUCAAUUGAGAUCACGACGGAAAGCGGCGAAGAUGCUGGUCGCGGUGGUCCUCACUUUCGCAAUAUGUUUCUUUCCGGUUCAUUUACUGUCUAUUCUAAGGUCUACCAUGAUGCUACCGUCGAAUCAAUGGACAAUCGCUGUUAGUCUGAUCGCCCACUGGCUUUGUUACUUCAACAGUGCGGUGAAUCCUGUCAUCUAUAAUUUUAUGAGCGGGAAAUUUCGGAAGGAAUUUAAGCGUACCUUUCGCUGUUCCCGCAACGGCAAAGCUUGCGCCCAUAAACGUGGAUACGUCACGAGUGUCUUGGAUCCUCUUAAGCAGCGAUCUCGGACUAACACAAGAUCGAUUAACACAUUGUCCAAUAAUAAUAACGUUCAACAGAGUACCGAGGUUAUACCUCUCAGUGCUAUAAUCAGUAUGCCGCAAAAUGAAAAAUUUGGAUGAGUGCAAAACGGUUAAAUGAAAUUUCCUUUGUCGAAUUGAGAUGAACUCGACCCAUACGACGCUAUCUUUUAUUCAAUUGGCUUGUAAAUAUGCUAUUACGAAACAUUAGUCUGCACGAUUGGAUUUACUGCUUUACAAAUAUAUUUUGCUUUAUUAUAUCGCAGAUAUAUAGAUAAUAGGUAAUAAGAAGCAUCACAGAUCGAUAAUCAAAAUUGUUAAAUUAAACGCAUAAUAAAAUUUAAAAGAAGCAAACGCAAAAGUGUAAAUACAAUUCCGUU